AUGGACUAUGUGCUGGUGCGAGUCCCACCCCCGCUGCCAGGAUUGCCCCGCCCACGUUUCUCCCUCUACCUGUCCUCCCAGCUCCAAUAUGGUGUCAUCAUCGUCUACCACCGCCAGUGUGGGAUGCUUCUGGAGGAGAUCCAGCACAUUCUGGACAGACUAGCCAAGACCAGAACCGCCCAAAAGAUUGACGUGGAUGAGUCUGAUAGACACGCUCUUUCUCUCCCUGACGUGUUGUCUCUCCUGGAGGAGAGUGAGUGGGCCGCAAACCCCUUCUUUGGAGAAAUACAUUCUGGGUACGCCAUGCCCAGCCCCAACACGCUAAUACAGCUGGGUGGAGAGUUUAGGAGAGAAGCCCCUCCUGAGCGCCCCCUGCUUCUGAGUCCAGGUAGUCCCCCUCAGGACGGUAUCACAGCGUCUCCAGACUCCAUCACUCUGAUAGAGACUGAACCCGUCAUCAUCCCCUCAGCAGAGUUUGAAGGGGCGGAGCUCGCUGAGGUUACACAUCAAAACAUGGGGAUGAUUGACUUGCUAAUGGACCAAUUAGAUCACUUCCCAGAGGGGCAGAGACUGCCGUCUACCACCCUAUCCAGCGAGGACCCCACGGUGCUGCCUGGCGAGGAGACAGAGCUGCCCAUGGAGAUGCCUGCUGCACUGGCAGAGGAGAGGACCCCAGUGUCUGUCCCUCUGCCCCCUUCCACACCCGGUGAACCAGAGGAGCGAGGGAUGGCUGGAGAGAGGGAGAGAUGGAGAGAUAGCCCCACCCUACAGGAUGUUACUCCCCCAGUGAAGCAACCUCGUAGGAGGCAGCUGCUCUUCAUCGACCAGGAAACACAGAUUACCCAGGAGGCACUGCAGCAACAGAUAGACAACACGCUCAUACAGACCAGGCCCCUGGUUGUAAUCAGUGGUCCCUCUAAGAGAACACUGUCUCCAGCUGAUCUCCUUGCUCGGUCUCCGCUGUCCCUGGAGGUCUCUGAUAGAGACCUGUCCCGGGAGAACUCCCCCCUCCACACACCCGAGAGCAGAGGGUCUCCUGUCCCCAGGUCAGUGUCCAAACUGAAGGACAUUCCAGAGGAGGGCGAGGGACUGCUGGAGAGAGAUGCAGAGGACAUACCCCUGGCUGAUUUAUUAGCAGAGCUACUGGACGCAGUGACAGAGCCUCUUGAGGAUCAUGAAGGGGUGCUGUUCCACUCUCUGCUGCCCCCACUGGCCCAACGCAGUAGUGUCACUCACUCAUUCUGGACCCUACUGGAAAUGGUAACUGCCAGGAGACUCUGUGUGCAGCAGGAUGAACCUUAUGGUGACAUCAUCAUUUCACCUGGACCCAACUAUGAGGAGGGGAAUGAGAGUGUGUAA